CGACAAAAAGAAAAAGUGCUUCCGAAUCAAAAUUUCGAUGGACAUUUUAGCCAAAUACGUUCAAUCUGGAGACGUUGCCGGUGUGGAGAACAGUUUGGAAUGUAAAAUUUAUGACCCUGUUUGGUUUAGAAAACCUACAAAUAAAAUCGGCGAUACUGUUUUGCACAUAGCGGCCAGAGAAGGGCACAGACGUAUUUUGCAAACUUUUGGAAAAUAUGGCGGUGAUUUUGAAGUUGCAAAUCUAGAUGGAAAACGUCCCCUGCAUGAAGCUGUACUCGGAGAGCAUCUAGAUUGUGUGAAAUUUCUGAUUCAUCAUGGAGCAGUAAUUGAUACUUUAAAAAGAGCUGAUUGGACCCCAUUGAUGCUGGCAUGUACCAAGAGUAACCUUGAUGUCAUAAAAUCACUUGUUGAUGCAGAAGCGGAUGUGACUCUGAAGAAUAAAGAUGGCUGGACUCCCUUUCACAUCGCUUGUAGGGAGGGCCACAGGGACAUCUUGUUGUACUUACUUGACCGUGACAAUCGACUCUGGGAUACUGUCAGCAAUAAUGGAAGAACCCCACUCCACACAGCAGCUUUACAUGGUAAACUAGAGGCUACAGAGUUGCUUGUUGCCAUGGGGAAGUACAAUAUAGACAGCCCUGAUAGUUGUGGUUCAACACCUUUCAUGGAUGCUAUUCGUGGCGGACAUGUGGCAACUGCAGACUGGUUGCUUUCAAAUCAAAAUGUAAAUCUUCACAAAACAGAUUCAAUGGGACGUGAAGCAGUGCACCUUGCAGCUCAGGCUGGGGCAGUGAAUUCUAUGCAGUAUUUGAUUGGUCUAUGUCCAGAACUAGUCAAUCAACCAACAUCUACAGGUCUGACUAAUCUGCAUUGUGCUGCAAAGGAAAAUCAGGUUGAAAUAAUCCAGUACUUGAUCCAGCUGCAAUGUGAUGUGAACAUACAGGAUCAUAAAGGACAUACAGCAUUACACAUGGCAGCAGGGGGUCAGCAUAUGAACAGUGUAGAGAUAUUACUUCAACAUGGGGCAGUUGACACACCUAACCUACAAGGAACUCUAGCCAGAGAUCUGGCCAGGACUAAUACUCUAACACAAUUAUUUGAUAAAUGGGCAUCCUGAUAAAUAUAACAAUAAAGUAGAUUAAGAAAAAACAGAUGUCCUGUCCAUCCACUUAUAUGUUUAAAAGGAGCCAAUUAUUUGAAGGAAAAAGCUCUGCAGUAACUGAUCUAAUAAAUAUAUGCAGAGAAUACAACAUUGUUUUGCUUUACCUCUAUUAAAAACUUAG